AUGUCCACGUUGGCUAAAGCAUGUGGAACCGUUCAACAUCAAAACAUCAACACCAUCAACACCAUCAACACCAUCAACACCAUCAACACCAUCAACACCAUCAACACCAUCAACACCAUCAACACCAUCAACACCAUCAACACCAUCAACACCAUCAACACCAUCAACACGUCAACACAUCAGUACCAGUAUCAACACAUGACCAGUCUUUCCCGCUAUUCAUAA